AUGAAGUCGAGCACAGCCAUCAUUCUUCUUGCUGCGCUUGCAGGGCACUCAGUGGCAGCACCAGCCGGAAAUGCUGCUUUGCAAGCUCAGCAACAAGACACCGACGCUUUGAAACUACUAGCAACCCAUUUAUCGACGGGCGAGCUCACUCGAUCAGACCGAGCACUGCUUAGCCACUUGUUAGUAGCGGCUUCUUCGCUGCAAAAACGAGGAGCAGAUGCGGCAGAUGCAACAGAUGCAACAGACAGCAUCUUCAGCGCCCUGGUCGGUGGAGGUGUAAGAGCUAGCAUCGGUGGUCUUCUUGCUGGAGUUUCUGGUCUCGUCACUCAGCUCUUAGGAGGCCUGGGCAGCGGUGGUCUCAAUGGCUCUGCCUCACUUAAUCUUGGCAACAGCGGUGGUCUCAACUUAGGAGGCUCUUUGGGGCUUUCUGUGCCCUCCGGUGGCGUCAAUGGACUCAAUUUGAGCGGUCUCACCGGCGCCGUGUCGAGUCUUCCGCCGCAGAACAUUUCCCUUCCAGGUGCCAUCAGCUCGCCUUCCAUCAAUAUCACUAUUAUUCCUGCAAACCUCUCUCUUCCUGGAAACACCUCUGCUGGAGCCACAAUCUCUCUUCCCGGAAACGCAAUCUCUCUUCCUGCCAACAUUACCGGCACGGUAGGCAACGUUGGCGGUGCUCUCGAUGGCUCUGGGCCGGAUUUGACCAAGCUCAGUACUGCCGUAAAUGCGAUUUUCAGGAACCUUGUCAGGGGCCUGGACGAUUCCGUACUUAGCAGCUUGACUACCAUCAUCACAAAUGCAAAUGGCAAUGUGCAGAAAGCUACAGACGACAUUAACCAAUUUGCUGCUUCACAUGGAUUAGACCCCAGCCGUAUCUUUGCAGCUCUGAAGAAUGUCCUGUCCUUUGAAAGUAUCGAUUCUCACGCUACAGAUCUUCUAAAAGGUUCAGGUGGUCUACUUGGAGGCCUUUUGAUUGCUCUAAACAGUUUGCCUAAAACAGGCAAUCUUGGUCCGAUUAACCUAUCUGCUGGAAUCAACGUGGGCUCUGUAGCUCUGCCCACUGGAACUCUGAAUGGCUUGAACACAACGAUUGGGGGUCUUCCUGGCGGCACUUUGGGCGGUUUGAACAUUACUCUUGGAAAUAUUCCCGGCGGAGGUGUUACUACAACAGUCGGAAACAUCACAACCGGAGCAAAUGUUGGAAUCAGCCUGCCUGGCGGAUUGACCCUCGCCGAAAUUCAGCAUCUGAUUGACUUUAUCCACGGCGCUACUAGCCAGCUCUCGGUGACGAGAGAAGUUCAGCGAAUCGCCGCUCUGCACAAUAUUGAUCCUGUUGCUCUUGCCCGCCCUCUGCAGAGCCUCCUAGAUGGAAGUGUUACUCCUAUCAACACUGGAAUCGUGCCGCCUAACUUGCAGAAUGGAACUAUUGGAGGUUUGACUGGAAGUCUCCCUGCCAUUAACGUGACUGUUGGAGGAGGGUUGGCUGCAGGUCUCCCUGCCAUUAACGGAACUGUUGGAGGAGGUGUGGCUGUAGGUCUUCCUGCCAUUAACGGAACUUUGGGAGGGCUAUCUGGCGGUCUCUCUGGCCUUUUGAAUGGAACCCUUGGAGGACUUACUGGAGGUCUUCCCGGUAUUCUCAACGGAACUCUUGGGGGCUUGACUGGAGGUCUCCCUGGCAUUAACGGAUCUCUAGGAGGUCUGGGUGGUUUGGGCGUCGGUCUUGGCGGCGGCUCUAAUCUGCUUGGUGCCCUCGUCAACGACGUUUCUGGGCUUCUUACGUUUUUGUUAUAUUUACUGGGCCUCGGUGAAUCAUUAGGAAGUCUUGGAGGUCUUGGACUAGGAAGUCUUGGAGGACUAGGAAGUCUUGGAGGACUAGGAAGUCUUGGAGGACUUGGGGGACUUAGAGGACUCACAUCUAGGCUCCUCCCUGGUAACCCUGCAGUCAACUUGACAGGACCUCUGGGUUCACUCACUGGCAACGUGACGGGGACACUGGGUUCUAUCACGGGUGGUUUGCCAGGUGUGAUUGGGGGUGCUACCAACUCUACUGGAUCUACUCUGGGGUCUAUUGUCUCGGGCCUCAACUCGACACUCCCCGGAUUGGUGCCGAAUUUGACCUCUGGCUUAGGAUCUACCGUUCCUGGUAUUGGUGUUAACCUUAAUGUAACCAUCUCAACUCCAUCUGGCUCACCCGUUGGUGGGUUAGCAUCAGCUCUCUCGGGCAUAGCUUCUACUGCCGCUGGUCUUGGCAGCGGCCUAUUGAACGCAACUGGCUUGGGAUCAAUCAUCCCUGGUCUAUCCCUUUCUGCCGGCGGCAACCUCACUGCCGGCGGAAACCUCACUGCAGGCGGAAACCUUGCUGCAGCAGGCAGAGGCAACGGAGCUCUUGGGCUGGGUAUCGGGCUGAAAAACAUGCAGCUUCCCGAUGAAUCUGACGAAGACAACACCGCACUAGUGUUUGACCCCAGCGGCUCCGACGAAGACGAUGAAGGUUCAUUCGAAUCAAAUAGCAGGCGGUCUCAUUCUGCCCGAUUCCGAGCCUCGGUUCGUGCAGUCAAUGCUGGAAUCGUCGCGUAA